AUGGAGUUUAUUGUCUCGCUUCUCCUACUCUCGCCAGCCCUCGUGGCUGGUUCUCUUCAUUCACGCAUCGACAAUGGCCUGGCUAGGACGCCGCAAAUGGGAUGGAACUCGUACAACUACUACUCAUGCUCGCCUAACGAAGCCAUAAUACGCUCCAACGCCAAAGCGCUCGUUGAUCUAGGACUCGCCGAAUUAGGCUACCGCUAUGUGACCACCGACUGUGGGUGGUCGGUGGCCGAUCGGCUGCCCAAUGGCACCUUAACCUGGAACGAGACCCUGUUUCCGAGCGGCUUUCCCGCUAUGGGAGAAUAUCUUCACGAAUUAGGGCUGCUGUUCGGCGUUUAUGGGGACUCGGGAACCAAGUUGUGCGGGAGUCCCCCAGACCAAGUUGGCAGCUUGUGUAAGUCCCCAUCAUCCAUGAUUCUUACCUUGGCUAAUGUACCAGACCACGAGGAACAGGAUGCGAAAACGUUCGCUGAAUGGGGAGCGGAUUCGCUCAAGUAUGACAACUGUUAUUCGGACGCCGCGACCAACUACCCUAAUGUCAACUACGAACCCAGCACAUCUCCUCGUCCCCGCUACGAAAUCAUGUCGUCCGCCCUCGCCCGUGUCGGCCGACCAAUCCUCUUCCAAAUCUGCGAAUGGGGUAUCGACUUUCCCGCUCUUUGGGCCCCUGCGCUCGGGAACUCCUGGCGCAUCGGCAACGACAUCAUCCCCGCGUGGCGAAGUAUCUUCCGCACGCUGAACCAGGCCGUCCCCAACACGGAUUUCGCUGGACCCGGUCAGUGGGCAGAUCUGGAUAUGCUGUAUGUGGGCAACGGGGUGUUUUCUUUGCCGGAGGAGCAGACGCACUUCUCGCUGUGGGCUAUUCUCAAAAGCCCAUUGACUAUUGGAGCGGCGUUGAAGGAUGAUGACACGAGUAUCAGCCAGGCGUCGUUGGAGGUGCUGAAGCAGAAGGAUGUCAUUGGCUUCAACCAGGAUGCGCUGGGAGUAAGUGCGAGUCUGAAGAGGAGGUGGUCGGAUGAAGGCUAUGAGGUAUGGAGUGGACCACUGUCGGGCAACAGGACGGUGGUGGCGGUCAUCAAUUGGCGCAAUGAGUCGAGGGAUCUCACGCUCGAUCUGCCUGAUGUUGGUCUGCAGUAUGCCCAAGUUGCCAGGAAUAUUUGGGGCAAGACCGUGGUCCGUGAUGUGCGAACAUCGUACACAGCGGGAGUGGCAGGACAUGGGACGAUUCUUCUUGAGUUGCAGGGUACCCUUCCGUCAGGAUUAUAUCCGGCCAAGAUCUUCGCAAAGUCGACAGGUCAAAGAUCCACUUUCGAGUCAAUCUACGCAGCUACCACUAGCGCAAACUACGAGCUGGCCAUCACCUUUUCGCGACCGUCCACCGAAACCGUCACCAUCACGACCUCCUCCGGCCAGACCGUCUCGAUCUCCGGCAAAUCGGGCCGAAUCGCGUUGACCGCUGGAUCGAACACCAUCACCAUCCAGCACAAAACCCCUAUCGAGUCGAUCCAGAUUACCCCACCGACCGGCACCUACUACGCCAACACGGUCUUCAACGUUACCGGCAGCGCCAAGCACACCACCUGCGGCUCGGGGUGCAGCCCCGUGGGCUCGAAAAUUGGAUACCUCAGUCCCACCAGCAACGCCUACACAUCUAUCUCAACGACCACCGCGGGGUCCAAGUACCUCGCGAUCGACUACAUCAACAAUGAAGUCGCCUUUUCGUCAAGCUGGGGCUGGGGCUCUAACUCGCGCAAUCUGACUGUCAGCGUCAACGACGGGGCGCCGGUGCGACUGGAGGUCCCGCUGAGCGGACGGCAUAGCGAGCUGUACUCUCCUGGCAAGGGUUGGUGGGACACAGCGACGCUGGGCGUUCUGACCUCUGGAUGGAAGAAGGGGGAGAAUAAGGUGGUCUUUGGGAAUGAGGGUGGAGAGGAUGGGUUCCAAACUUAUGCGGCUGAUUUCGUGGGCGUCAGGGUUUUGGAUUAA